UUUCAGAUAUGUUUUUGGAGUUUUUGAUGGUCUCGAUGUUGUAUUUUGUAGCUGUAAGUACAUCUCAACUUAAUGGUGGAUUUGUAACGUGUGGAUCGGUUUUGAAACUGAAGAAUAAUGAAGAAGGUGUUCGUCUGCAUUCGCAUGACGUAAAAUACGGAUCUGGUAGUGGUCAGCAAUCAGUAACUGCUGUACAAGAUGGGGAUGACGUGAAUUCUCAUUGGCAAAUUCUUGCCGCAAGAAAAGGAACUUGCAAGCGAGGAGAACCGGUGAGAUGUGGCAGUAAAAUACGUUUGAAACAUUUGACGACUGGUUGCCAUCUUCACAGUCACUUAUUCGCUGCACCAAUGACAAAGGAAGAACAGGAAGUGUCUUGUUUUGGGAAUAAUGAAGGCGAUUCUGGUGACCACUGGAUCGUCAUGUGUAAUAAUGAUGCAUGGCUUAUGAAGGAUGCUGUGAAACUGAAGCAUGAAAACACCGACAAAUUUUUGGCAGUAAGUGGUAAACAGUACGGAAGACCUAUAAAUGGACAGCAUGAGGUAGUAGCCAUUUCUGUAUCAAAAAAUGCGGCUUUAUGGAAAACGGCUGAAGGUAUUUUCAUGAUGGGUUCAGACAGUUCAUAAUAGUAGGGCGCGAUUGGUGUUUUUGCUUCGAUUGAGUAAUCUGGCAGACUUAACAUUUCACUAUCUAGCAAUGGCUUUGGUUGCCAACGAUGUAACAUGUUAUGUAUCGCAAAUAUCUAAUUAUAUUUGGGAAUCCUGUGCUCAUGUUUUUUGUAUCUGUUUACUUAUUUUAGAAACAUUUAGCAGUAACGAGCUGAAUUUCGUCGCGUAUAUAGAUGAUGAGUAAGUCUCCACUGAUAAAAUAUGAUUGUUUACCAGUUCGAUACUUCAAAAAACAGAAUAUUCCUUUAUAUAGCUUUAAAAUCUUUGAGAGGUGUGUAUUGUGAUUGAAUUUGCCAAAUUUCUGUCAUUGCGCGUUGAUUUUUGUCGCUAUUUUCUAUUUCCUAUUAUUUCACCUCACUGCAAAAACUGCAAUU